AUGUCAGAACCUGAAUCUUCACAGUUGGUUUUGCCUGAUACAAAUACUCCAGUUCAGACGCCAUCGUCAGACAGUUUUUACCACCAUGGCGCUACGGAAAAGUUUUCUGCACAGGUGAUGAAGGACAAAGAGCAACAGGAACCAGAAAAGCCAUUGUCACCCCCAAAUCCUUCGCCGAGCCCUGAAAAGCAUAGGUUGGAAGAUGAUGACGAACAGCUGCAACCUGAAAGUAAAAAAAGCAAAUCGGAAGAACCAUCUGAGCAAUCACAGAAUUCAAAUGAAGGCAAAGUAGAGCCUGAUACGUCCUCUGCUCCUGCCCCAGCUUCGCUAGAACCUGCUCCUAAACCACCACAGGAACCUGAUCUUAAUAACUUGCCAGAAGAACCUAUGCCCAAACAUCAAGCUAAAUUUGCGCUCAACACAAUCAGGGCAAUUAAGAGGUUACGUGAUGCUGGACCCUUUGUGCAUCCCGUUGAUACAGUUAAAUUGAACAUUCCUCUUUACUAUAAUUACAUUCCGAGGCCAAUGGAUUUGUCUACGAUAGAAAGAAAGAUUAACCUUAGUGCCUAUGAAGUUCCGAAUCAAGUGGUUGACGAUUUCAAUUUGAUGGUGGCAAAUUGCUUAAAAUUUAAUGGUGAAAAUUCUGGUAUUUCAAAAAUGGCUAAGAAUGUUCAAGCGCAUUUUGAAAAACAUAUGUUAAAUAUGCCGCCAAAAGUCUUGCCACCCAAUGCCACUGGUGCUUCAAGCUCUGCGACGACUUCUCGAAGAGCUUUGAUUGUCGAUCAAGAUGCGAAAAAGGAAUCUGUUGCUGCACAUAGACCAAAGAGAACUAUUCACCCCCCGAAGUCCAAGGAAUUACCAUACGAUGUCAGACCCAGAAAGAAAAAGAAUGCAGCAGAUUUAAGAUUCUGUAAUCAAACAAUCAAGGAGUUAACUUCUAAGAAGCAUUAUAAUUUUAAUUUCCCCUUUUUAUCUCCUGUCGACGCAGUUGCUCUUAAUAUACCAAAAUAUCAUGAAGUGGUCAAAGAACCUAUGGAUUUGGGAACUGUUCAAUCGAAACUUGCGAAUAAUCAGUAUGAAAACGGUGACGAAUUUGAAAGGGAUGUAAGGUUGAUUUUCAAGAACUGUUACUUGUUCAAUCCCGAAGGUACGGAUGUGAACUCGAUGGGCCAUAAAUUAGAGUCGAUUUUUAAUAAGAAAUGGGUAAACCGCCCUGCUCCAGCACCAACCCCCCCACAGCUGGAUUAUGAUGACUCGAGUGAUGAUGAUGAGCCUGAAAUUGAUGAAGCUAUACUUUCUAGUGUUCCUGCUAUUCAGUUUUUGGAGAACCAGCUUAUUAGAAUGAAAAAGGAACUAGAUGAGCUUAAGAAGCAACAUUUGAAUAAGUUAAAACAACAGAGGGAUGCUAAAAGGAAGAAAAAGAAGUCCAAGAGAAACGGAAAAGCAUCUAGGAAGAAUUCUUCAGUGAGUGCUUUCAAUCAUCCAGUGGUGACUUAUGAAAUGAAAAAGCAAGUCAGCGAAUCUGUGCCUAAUUUAUCAGAUAAGAAACUCCAGUCAUUGAUCAAAAUUAUUAAGGAUGAUGUCGAAAUCAGCAACGAGGACGAAGUGGAACUCGAUAUGGACCAGCUUGAGGAUAGAACUGUAUUGAAGUUGUACAACUUUUUGUUUGGCAAAAAGGUUGUAACGAAUGUAAAGAAGAAGAAAGCUAAUGCAUACAGCAAUCUUGAAGAGUUGGAGCAUUUGAGGAGUCAGUUAGCCUUGUUUGAAGAUGCUGAUAAUGGCUCUAAUAGAGGUGCCUCGAUGAGCAUUUCUAACGUCGAUCAAGAGUCUUCGGAUGACGAUGACGUUAGUUCUGAAACUUCGGAGGAGGAGUGA